AUGGCCAUCUGGAUAUCCUUCCAGACACAGGCCACCUUCGCUGUAGGGUCUGCUUCAUCUGGUGUUGCAGUGGGUGACUUCAACGGAGAUGGCCAUCUGGAUAUCGUGACUUCGAAUGCCGGCGAUAACACAGUGAGUGUCUUGCUCGGGACUGGAUCAGGGAGCUUCCAGACACAGGCCACCUUCGCUGUAGGGUCUGCUCCAUCUGGUGUUGCAGUGGGUGACUUCAACGGAGAUGGCCAUCUGGAUAUCGUGACUUCGAAUGCCGGCGAUAACACAGUGAGUGUCUUGCUUGGGACUGGAUCAGGGGGCUUCCAGACACAGGCUACCUUCGCUGUAGGGUCUGGUCCAUUUGGUGUUGCAGUGGGUGACUUCAACGGAGAUGGCCAUCUGGAUAUCGUGACUUCUGACGGCGAUGGCACAGUGAGUGUCUUGCUCGGGACUGGAUCAGGGAGCUUCCAGACACAGGCCACCAUCGCAACAGGGCUUGCUCUAUCUGGUGUUGCAGUGGGCGACUUCAAUGGAGAUGGCCAUCUGGAUAUCGUGACUUCGGAUAACCUCGAUUACACAACGAUUGUCUUUUUCGGGACUGGAUCAGGAAGCUUCCAGACACCGGAGGCCAACUUUCCUGCAGGGAACGGUCCAACUGGUGUUGCAGUGGGCGAAUUUAACGGAGAUGGCCAUCUGGAUAUUGCGACUUCGAAUUCAAUUGAAAGUUCAUUGAGUGUCUUACUCGGGACUGGAUCAGGAGACUUCACAGUCGACUACUUCAUUAUAGGGUCUGCUUCAUCUGGUGUUGCAGUGGGUGACUUCAACGGAGAUGGCCCUCUCGAUAUCGUGACUUCGAAUAAGGGCGAUAACACAUCAACCUGA